AUGAAUGCCAGCUGGGAGAUUCUCCAUGACGAUGAGUCUGCUUCCAGUCUUCAGAUUCUGACAGAGAAAGCAUCGAUUGUCUCAUCAAAAGAACUUCUCGAUGGCAGAGAGGAAGAUGAUAGGGACAGGGACACGAAAGCCGUGCUCGAUUACGAAACCUUUAUUGAGGAAUUUUCGGAACUUAUCCAGGCCCUAUUGCAGUUGACACCCUCGCUGAUGGAUCUACAAGAAUCCUUGAUCCUCACACCACUGGCCGAGAAGGUCAAAACGAGGACUUCGCAGCCUGAGUUUCGGCCCAAACUUCCUCACGACCACUUUAAAAGGAUGAUAUUUGAGAAAUAUACGGAUGCUCAGCCUGGACUGGUGGAUCGCCUUGCUCAAGCAUGCUGGAACUUAUAUAUCAGCGUUAAGGACGGUCUCAUCCAACGAGAGAAUACAGCACUGGAGGACAAGGAUUCGGCAUACGAAUCGAUGUUCCAGAGCGAAAUGGCUCCAUCCCUGAUCGGCAAGUUAGCAAACCAAGAGAUCCAAGUAUGGGACAACGCUUCGGAAACAACGAGUCUUGCUAAGGACAGUGUCAUCCUCAGAGACAGGCUAAAAUUUCCACAACCUCCAGUAGAUAUUGGACCAAAUAUUGACUUUUUUUGCAAUAUUUGUUCCAGGUUACAAAAAGACAUAUCAAACACAUUCUUGGAGAUAGGCGAAGUGGUGACUACAAUACCAACAAUUGGCUUCAAUGUCGAAUCCGUGACAUACGGCAACCUCAACUUUAACGUCUGGGACCUCGGCGGCCAAACCUCCAUCCGCCCCUACUGGCGCUGCUACUACGCCAACACGGCCGCGGUGAUCUUCGUCGUCGACUCGACCGACAUCGAGCGCCUCGAGAUCGCCGCCGACGAGCUGGCGUCGAUGCUGAACGAGGACGAGCUGCGCGAGGCGGCCCUGCUCGUCUUCGCCAACAAGCAGGAUCAGCCCGGCGCGCAGGGCGCGGGCGACGUAUCCGAGGCCCUGAAGCUGGCCGAGCUGAGGGAUCGCAACUGGAGUAUCGUGGCUUGUUCGGCCAUCGACGGCAAGGGGAUCACUGAGGGCAUGGAUUGGUUGGUGUGA